AUUAAUAAUCACUCAUGUGAUUAUUAAAUAUGUUAUAUGUGUUUUAAAAUUGUUAUUAUUUCUUAUUAAAACAAAAUAAGUACAGAUAAAUAAAAUUACAGUCUUAUAGCGGAAAGGAAUUUAAACGGAUUUUUAUAAAUUGUUUAUUGUUUAUCCUGUCAAUUGAAGUGAAGAGCUAAAUAUUUCAUAAUUAUCAUUUCAUGAAAAUUGGUUAUUUAUAUUUAUGUUUUAUCAAUAUUACACAAAUAUUUUAAUGCUGUUUUAACAUGAUGAAUAUAAGGAAAAGUGGACUAUUUGCUUGGAAGAAUGCUAAUUCAUAUUGUAAAUGGCUAUCCAUCCAAAAUGAGGAAUAUGAUCCGAAAAAAUAGAAAAAGGAUUAGAAAGAAGUGGUUUUGCCAAGAUUCAUUAUCAUCAAGAAGCUCUCAUUCUUUUUCUUCUUCCAAUGUCUCGUAUAACCUAAGUCUAGAUCAGAAUGACCUUGUCCGAGUCUCUUCGCAGUUGUAUGAGGGUCAGCUUUCGAAGUACACGAACAUGAUGAAAGGCUGGCAACUUCGUUGGUUUAUUUUGAAUCCCAAAACUGGUGUUCUGAGUUAUUUUAUAAACGAAGGUGAUAAAUGGAAGCGACCAAAAGGAUGGACUAAUAUGUUUUCGGCUAUUAUUGCUCCUAGCGAUGAGGAUUCAAAUACGUUCACAGUUAGUUCAGUGUGUGGUGACUGCUUGAAACUAAGGGCACGUGAUGCUAGAAUCCGUCGUGACUGGAUUACCAAGCUAAGAACUGUAGCUCAACUUCAUGGAGAUACUGCUGAGGAUAAUGUAUUCAGGAGGUCAUCUUUUCAAUCUGAAAUCGACGAAUGUAAAGAAGCUUUUGACCAAGUAAAAAAACAUCUUUUUAUUGUAGAAAAAGAACGUCUAUUCUUGACAAAAGGGAUCGAUGACUUACCUAUUCGUGGAAAACUUCAUCACCUGGACCCUGAUCUUCUCACACUGAAAGCUUUAUCAUAUGCAGUGGUUGUGUCGCUAAAUCAGUGUUUGUUUAUUCUACAGCAACAAGAUCCCCCAUGUUCUGCCUAAUAGAAAUCUUACUUAAAUAAUUUUUGUAACAUUU